AUGGCGCCUAUCUCCGGCAAGACAAGCCAAGCCGAAGCAGCAAGUUCAAAAGCGUACGAUAUCCGCCCAUACCUCCCCGAAACCGACCACGGCGCCGUCAUUAUCACGACCCGCUCUGCGACAGUGAAGCUCGGGCAGUUGAUUCGGCUAAGUAAGCUGGGCGAUAUCAACGACAGCUUAGCAAUAGUGGCAUCAACAUCCGGCCGUGAUCAUUUCAGCAAGGAUCCUAACGCUGCGACGCUGGCACGACAGCUGGACGGACUUCCGCUUGCCCUCUCAACAGCUGGAGCCUACCUAAGCCAAGUGACAACGACCUGUGCUGAGUAUCUCCGACUAUAUGAGGAAUCAUGGCUGCGCUUGCAGAAAGGAAGCCCCCAACUUUUAGAGUACGACCGAGCGUUAUAUUCUACGUGGGAAGUCUCAUUCAGACAUAUUCAGCAGCAAAGCGUGGGUGCAGCCAUGCUCCUACAAUUUUGGGCGUACUUUGAUAGCGAGGACCUAUGGUAUGAGCUUCUCCGAGAAGCAGCGUCAGAGGGGCCUACUUGGCUACAAGAGGUGACAGCAGACCAGAUCAAUUUCGACACAACGAUGAGAGUUCUCUGUGAACAUGGACUAGUAGAGGCGGACCCACCUAAAGAAGAGGUGGGAAGAGAAUCCCACGGAUAUAGUGUGCAUAGGUGUGUUCACGCAUGGAUGACGUAUGUGCUGAAUUUAGGAGUGGUGGAUAAGGAGAUGGCUUGGAUAGCGAUGAGUUGUGUAGCAUCACACGUACCAAGUGAGGAGCAAGUAGAGGAUUGGUUAGUCCAAAGACGGCUCUUACAACAUGCGGAUCAAUGCAUCAUCAAGGUAGGCACUAGUGCGGAGCCGGAGACGAAGGAAUGGAUGUUCCAUUCUUUCGGCAACCUCUACUCGGACCAGGGCCGACUCAAAGAGGCCGAGGACAUGUACGAACGGGCUCUUCAAGGCAGGGAGAAGGCACUGGGGCCAGACCACAUAUCGACACUCUUGACGGUCAACAAUCUAGGCAACCUCUAUAAAUACCAGGGCCGACUCAAAGAGGCAAAGGCCAUGUAUGAACGGGCUCUCCAAGGGAAGGAGAAGGCACUGGGGCCAGACCACAUAUCGACACUCGACACGGUCGACAAUCUAGGCAACCUCUACUCAGACCAGGGCCGACUCAAAGAGGCUGAGGACAUGUACCAACGGGCUCUUCAAGGCAAUGAGAAGGCACUGGGGCCAGACCACAUAUCGACACUCUCAACAGGCCGACUUGACGAGGCUGAGGCGAUAUAUGAACGGGCUCUCCAAGGGAAGGAGAAGGCACUGGGGCCAGACCACACGUCAACACUCAACACGGUCCACAAUCUAGGCCUCCUCUACUCAGCCCAGGACCAACUUGACGAGGCUGAGGCGAUGUAUGAACGGGCUCUUCAAGGCUGGGAGAAGGCACUGGGGUCAGACCACACAUCAACACUCGAUACGGUCAACAAUCUAGGCAACCUCUAUAAAUACCAGGGCCGACUCAAAGAGGCAAAGGCUAUGUAUGAACAGGCUCUCCAAGGGAAGGAGAAGGCACUGGGGCCAGACCACACAUCGACACUCGACACGGUCGACAAUCUAGGCCUCCUCUACUCAGACCAGGGCCGACUCAAAGAGGCCGAGGGCAUAUACCAACAGGCUCUUCAAGGCUACGAGAAGGCACUGGGGCUAGACCACAUAUCGACACUCUCAACGGUCCAUAAUCUAGGCCUCCUCUACUCAGACCAGGGCCGACUCAAAGAGGCUGAGGACAUAUACCAACGGGCUCUUCAAGGCUACGAGAAGGCACAGGGGCCAGACCACAUAUCGACACUCUCAACGGGCCGACUCAAAGAGGCUGAGGGCAUAUACCAACAGGCUCUUCAAGGCUACGAGAAGGCACUGGGGCCAGACCACACAUCAACACUCAACAUAGUCCACAAUCUAGGCCUCCUCUACUCAGACCAGGGCCGACUCAAAGAGGCCGAGGGCAUAUAUCAGCAGGCUCUUCAAGGCUACGAGAAGACACUAGGGCUAGACCACACGUCGACACUCAGCACGGUCCACAAUCUAGGCAACCUCUACUCAGACCAGGGCCGACUUAAAGACGCUGAGGCCAUAUACGAACAGGCUCUUCAAGGCUACGAGAAGGCACUGGGGCUAGACCACACAUCAACACUCUCAACGGUCCACAAUCUAGGCCUCCUCUACUCAGACCAGGGCCGACUCAAAGAGGCCGAGGGCAUAUACCAACAGGCUCUUCAAGGCUACGAGAAGGCACUGGGGCCAGACCACACAUCGACACUCGACACGGCACUAGGGCCAGACCACACAUCAGCACUCGACACGGUGUACAAUCUAGGCCUCCUCUACAAGAACCAGGGCCGACUCAAAGAGGCUGAGGGCAUGUAUCAGCAGGCUCUUCAAGGCUAUGAGAAGACACUAGGGCUAGACCACACGUCGACACUCGGCACGGUCCACAAUCUAGGCAACCUCUACUCGGACCAGGGCCGACUCAAAGACGCCGAGGCCAUGUACGAACGGGCUCUUCAAGGCUACGAGAAGGUGUUGCACCCAGAAACGCUGAGAACAUAUGUUCCUGCCCUUAAUGCCCUGGAAAAUCUUGGCGGUCUAUUUGAGCAACUGGGUGCGACAGAUAGAGCUUUCGAGCACUAUGAUCGCGCUAGGACAGGCAUCGCUGAUGUAUUUGGUUCUGGAAGUUACAGCUUCCAAGGCAAGAGUCGGUUCCGCCGCCUCGCGUGGGUACUGGACAUAGCCUGA